CGCGAGCAGCAGUCACUCAGAGAUCCGGUUAAGUAGGAGAGGAGACGGAGGGACGUAGACACAAGAUGGCCUCCGCAAAUGACACCAAGCAAGUGCAGAAGGAUGCCGCAGACCAGAACUUUGACUAUAUGUUCAAAUUGCUGAUCAUCGGCAACAGCAGUGUGGGCAAGACCUCAUUUCUGUUUCGAUAUGCAGAUGACUCCUUCACGUCUGCCUUUGUCAGUACAGUCGGCAUUGACUUCAAAGUGAAAACUGUCUACAGAAACGAAAAGAGGGUGAAGCUGCAAAUUUGGGACACUGCUGGUCAAGAACGUUACAGGACCAUCACUACAGCCUAUUACAGGGGUGCCAUGGGAUUUCUGCUGAUGUAUGACAUUGCCAACCAGGAAUCCUUCAGUGCUGUGCAUGAUUGGGCUACACAAAUCAAAACCUACUCCUGGGACAAUGCUCAGGUGAUCCUGGUUGGCAACAAAUCUGACCUGGAAGAUGACCGUGUUGUCCCUACAGAAGAUGGAAGGCGAUUGGCUGAAGAAUUAGGCUUCGAGUUUUUCGAGGCAAGUGCCAAAGAAAACAUUAACGUGAAGCAGGUCUUUGAACGCCUAGUCGAUAUCAUCUGUGUGAAGAUGUCCGAGAGCCUUGAUGCAGACCCCACACUAAUGAGCAACAACAAGAAUUCAUCCCUCACCGAGAAACCCCCUUCACAAUCAAGCAGCUGUGCAUGCUAGAAAGCCCCUAUCUUCUGACCUAAAUCAUCAAACACAGAGGGCCCACAGAUUUGGGUUGGGGGGUAGAGAUUGGUGCUCGCAAAGGGAGUGAAAAUAGGCUUUAAAAUGUAUUUAAGAUUCAGGGCUAAUGUGUCAAACUCUCUAUUUCAUUUUUAAAUUAAGAACUUGGGGAGAUGGUGGGAUAAUGCCAAUGUCACUGGGCAAGUUAUCGAGAGGCCCGGUGGUGACCAUGGGUUCAGGUGUCACCAAGGUGCAAUUUAAAUUCAAUUAAUACUUGCUGAAUUGAAAGCUAGUCUCAGUGAUCUUAACCGUCAGUUGUUGUAAAAACACAUCUGCUCCCCUAAUGUCCUUUUAGGGCGGGAAUCCUUCUGCUUUACCCAGGUCUGGCCUACAUGUGACUCCAGGCCCACUGCUAAUGGGGUUGAACCGCCCUCUGAAAUGGCUGGCUUAGCCAAUCGGUUGAAGGGCAGUGAGGGAUGGGAAAACAAAUGCCAGCCAUGCCAGCGGACUCUUGUCCGUGAAAGAACAAAAGGGCAGCGUUCUUGUCCCUGACUUGUGAUGCAAUAUUACAGAUCGCUGAUAGGAAGUAUUUGUGUCACAUAAAUUAGAUGGGUGCUGAAACGGAGCUGGCGGUUUCCACACCCAUUCAUACAAACCCACAGCAGCUAUUGUUUAACCCACCAAGCUAACCCCGGGCAGUGGGAACUGGUACACGCUCAGCCCUGGCAUUGGCAGCCCAGCCGUUUAUACCUCCCAUCAUCGGGAAGAAAUAUGGGAAUCUGGGAUGCCAUGUAGGAAUAAAGAAUUAUUAUUUUUCAAGAAGGUGACCCCAAAUUUAGAUUUUAUUUCUCUUUGUUUUGGGAGAUAAGGGUGAGACUGCAGAUAUUAACCGUUUGGAAAUGAUAGCACCGCUCCCUAGUGUCUCAGUAGGUUUUUGGUGGAUCAAUGGCUCAAAUGUGGGAACAGACAUUGCUAGGUAAAACAGUCCUCCAUCAUUCCACUUCCUCCAUUGUUCCACUUCCUUGUUCCUACCUGCAAAUAUUCUUUGCCUUUCUUUCAGUCCUGGUGUUUGUGCAGUGAAUCAUGUGAAGCAUCAGUGCCAAAUUUGCGAUGGUAUUUUGUAUGUGCGUGUUGCUAGUUCUCUGCCCUAUAAGUAUAAAUUUUCAGAAUCAGUGUGCCAGUAUUUUAUUGGCUUAUGUCUGUACAGUCCGGUUUUGACUUCCAUUCGAGAUGUUGACUCACUUGGAGGAAGUGAGGUCUACAUGAUACAGGCUCUCUGCAAAUGCAUUUCAUAUCUUUGACUGCCAGCGUAUUCAUACCUGUCUCUCAAUGGCUUUUACUGGACUUGCUUUGUAUGUUUGAACGUUGCCUCAACAUGAAGCCAGCAGGCACAGUAUUUUGUUUCUGAUUAUGACACCAGCAAAUGCAACAGGUCCCUUUUUGAGUGGUGUUACAUUUCUGUACAAUUCAGCGCAUACAAACAGGCCAUCCAUCCCGGUGGGUCUGUGCUAGAGUUUACACUCCGUACCUUAAUUCACCCAAUCCAAUCAACAUAACCUUCAGUUACGUUCUCACUUAUUUACAUCUCUCCCUUAUAGAACAUAAAGAGGUCAGAGCCAGAGUAAGCCCUUCGAGCCUGCUCUGCCAUUUGAUACAACCUUAUCUCAGACUUCAACCCGUUAUUAAAAAUCUAUCUGUCUCAUUCUUGAACUCAUUCAUGUCCCAGCAUCCACUGCACUCCAGACUAAUAAAUGCCACCAAAUUCACAACCCGUUGAGAGAAGUUAUUCCUCCUCAUUUCUGGUUUAAAUGUGCCUCACCUUAUCCUAAAACAAUGACUUCUCAUUCUAGAUUGACCCACACAAGGAAACAUCCUCUACGUAUCUACUUUGUCAUCCCCCUUUAGCAUCUUGUACAUCUCAGUUAGAUCUCCUCACAUUCUUCUAAACCCCAGCGAGUGUAGCCUUAAACUGCCCAAUCUCGGUACAUAAAAUAAGCCCCUCAUCUCUGGAGUUCACUGUCCCGUGUCCUUAAUAUGAUAUGGAGACUAGAAUUGCCGAGUGUACUCCCAAGUGUGGUUCUUGUCAAGUUUGCAUGCUAAAUAUUUGAAUUCUUUGAAAAUGUUUUGAAAGAUAAAGUGCCUGGCUUCUGGUUCUUAAAUUAGAUGAAGUAGUGAGAGUGUUUGAAAUCCACUGGAAUUACCCAAGUCAGCUUCAUGCAUUUUGUGUCUCCUCCCUGGAUGUUUUUCUGGUUGGCCAGGCUCUGCAUUUCUAUCAGAAGGACUAUCUAAAGAAACAUGAACCCACAUGCAAGUAAACUGGCAUUGAGGAGGAAGGGGUGCUGUGGUCAUAUUGCCACUGGAUUAGUAAUCGAGUGGCCCAGGUUAAGCACAGCUCUGGAUUCAAAUCCCACUCUGGUAGUUGGUGCAACUUGAACUCAGUCUGUAAAUCUGGUGACCGUGAAAACUACAAUCAAUUGUCCGAAAAACCACAGUAUUCUAAUUUCCUUCUGGUGUUCUUUCAGGAAGGAAAUCAGCCAUGCUUACCUGGUGCCAGACUUCAGACCCAUAACAAUGUGGUUGACUUGCUAGGGCCCUUUCAGGGUCACUCAGCUCCAGGACAGUUGGGAAUAUGCAGCAAAUGCCUUGUCAGUGAUGCGCACACCCUAAGAAAGUGUAAAGGACAAGUGACACUGAGCACAGCAGUUAGCGAGAUAUCUGUUGUCUGCGUUUCUCCAGAGCGUGAGGUUGAAAGUGGACAUUCUUUUCUACUUGGCCCAGUGUCAAGGGAGAGGUGGGAUAAUGGCUUGAAUUCUGACACUACCAUUUCCAAAAUCCAGGAUGCCACUGAAAUGGGAGCAAAUUCAUCUCUCUCUAUUUUUUUUCCCAAAGGUAUUGGUUUUGUUUGUUGUUGCACUCUGCUAGGUUGUCGCUUGAUCCUGAGAUGGUUUUUAAUCCCAAACAGGAGCAGACAACAAUAACUUUCUUUGUCCAGUGACCCAGUGCUGGUAGAUAUCUCUUAGCAGUAGUGACUGGUGAAAGAGAACCUGUGCUCAGAUUGUUGUCUUCUGAUGUAUCAGUGUCACUUUUGCAUGUCUGUGUUUAUCGCCCAUCUCUAAUUGCCCUUAAACCAUAGAAUUGUAAUGGCACAAGAAAGGACAUUCAGUGCAUCCUGUCUGUGCCAGUUAUGGCAAAAAAGAACCAACCAUUCUACUCUUGCCUUCUGGCACCUGGUCCAUAACCUUCCCAGGAUUUAGGUUCAGAUCCAAGUGCCUUUUUAACAAGUUUUGAGUGUUUAUGUCUCCAUGACGCACUAGGGAAGAGAUACAAGUUCCAGCCCCCACCAGCCUCUGCGUAAAGGUUUUCCUUCUGCCCCCUUUUAUUCUUUUACCAUUCACUUGCGACAAUCCGGGGUGGGGGUGUAGGGGCACGCCCAGUGCUGUUAGUGGUGGAGUUCCAGGAUUCUGACCCAAGCAUGGCAGUAGAUUUCCAAGUCAGGAUGGUGAGUGGUUUGGAGGGGAACUUACAAGUGGUGGCGUUCAGCUAUUUCUGCUGCCCUUAACUUUCCAAGUGGUAUGCGCCACAGGCUUGCAAAGUGCUGCUGAAGAGGCAUAGUUGUCGCAGCAGCCUGAAAGACUGAUUAUCAUUGCGAGUCUAGUGUUUAUGCUUAUUGGACAGUACAGAGCCUGAGCAUUGCUGAAAACGAAAAAUACAUUUUGUUGAAGUUUUUUUUCAAUCAGUGCAAUGUGCAAAUAAAGGGGAAAGCCAACAUUUAUACUGUAUAAGAGGAGACAGCUGGUUGGUUGGCAAGUGGGCUCUGAUUGGGUAGAGGCACUGCCACGGAUAAUGAAUAGUUAAUCAGUUUAGCAGUAGGCCAGUAUUUAUAUCACAUCAUACAUAGGAAAUGGAGGAGGCUAUUUAAUGUGUUCCACCUCCGUUCACUUGGGCUGAUUUACAACCCAGCUCCAGGCUCUGGUUGAAGCUGUUUCUCCUGGUGAAUUUUUACUAUAUUUAUGGGAGACUGUCCAACAUCAAAUCCGAGGAUCACAACUAAAGGUCCUCUACCUAUGCCUUACAUAUUCAAUGAACCGGAGGACAACUUUUAGAGGGAGAUGCAACUGAGGUAUUAAGUGGAAUUAAUUAGGUGCCAAAUGGGUUUUGAUGAACCCUACAGAGUGGGGGCUAGAGAUAUAAACUCCCCUUGCAAUCUCACCUUUCUGAAAUGCAGAGAGUCUUGGAGAAAGACAGCAGGUUCUGGCAGCAUCUGUGGAGAGAGAAACACAGGGUUAACGUUUGGACUCUGGCCUGAUUGUUUCAGAGGAAGGAGCUCUGAAGAAGAGCCAUCUCAGACCCGACAUGUUGACCAUUUUUUCUCUCCACAGAUGCUGCCAGACCCUGCUGACUUUCUCCAGCACUGUCUGCAUUUGUGUCGCAUUUCCAGCAGCCACAGUAUUUGUUUAAUAUUUGUGCUUGACGGUGUUUCUGAAAUUUCUUGUUGUUUUUAGCUGUGCCGAAGCCUGGAGGGGAGAGAAUGGUAUCAAAAUGAGCUGCAGUUUUGCUUUGGUGUGACAUUUUGCCUAUCCAGCUUACAGCGCUGUAACAAACAAAACUCUCUCAUCUCCUGAGACAACACAGUGUGGAGCUGGAGGAACACAGCAGGCCAGGCAGCAUCAGAGGAGCAGGAAAGUUGAUGUUUCGGGUCAGGAUUUCAUCUCCUGCAUCACUUUGUGAGGUGAUAGCCCACUUCUUUCUUCAAAUAUUACUGAAGAAAAAGAAUUGAAAUUCUGCCCUGCGUUGCUAGGGACCCUUAAAUUGCUGUCACUUACAAAGAGGAAAGUAUCCUGGUCAUUCUCCUGUGCCACAGUGAUGGACAGUGGCUGAGGGGUCACGGUAUUCUUUCUCUAACUACUAGUGCCAAUAGUGUUGCUAGUGCCUAAAAUUGGGAGCCGACUGUGCCAGGGAAAGGGUCAAGCUCUUGACUGAUUUGUGCCCUCAGCCUGUGAGCAUCUGGAUGGGAAUCAAAGCAAUUGACUUGUUGCUGCCCUAGUGUCUAAGUGCGGAAGAUGCAGAACGUCUUGAGAAACAGGGUUAGCAAAAUGGAAUUCAGGAGAAAUUCAGGAUAAUGUUCUGGGGAUUUCUGGAUGACCACAACACUGCAAGCAGGGUUUGGGGUGUAAAUGACUGAUUGCAGUUACACUGCCUUAUCAUUAAGAGGGGAAUGGUACAGGAGAGUUUAGGGAAGGCAGGAAACAGCUCUAAUGACCACUGUGAUAGGAAAGAAACUUUCUGUAAUAGCUUUCCUAACUGUAUGAAUGUAUAAGAGCUGUCAGUAAUGUAUGUGAUGAACCAAAUUCCACCGGGAUAUUUCCAUUUUAUAAUAAUUUGGGGAAAUUUUUUGCCAGGUUUGUGGCAGGGGUCUACAAAUGGAAGAUUAAAACGGGGCCAAGAUUGUUAGCUGUC